UUGAUCUCAGCUAAAACUAAUUUAAAACAACCAGACGAUCGUGAUAGGAUGAUACAUACACUAUAAUAUUAAAAACGUGGAUUAUGACAUAACACAACACUUGGAAUUUUAAGUUUGAAAGUUUGAACAAACAAAAACGCCGCAACUGAGCGAGGCGUCAAAGAAAGAUUGAAUCCAAUCCCAUGCAACACACAAGGUAACCGUAGCUUGAAGGUUCAGCUCAAGAAAAACUAAUUAAAACUAUUUCGUUGAUUCUGUGAAGAAAUGGAUUCUAAUAAUCUUGCCGAUAUGGAAGAGCCGAGCAUCGACACUGAUAAACUCAGCUAUGAAAUCUUCUCGAUUCUCGAGACAAAGUUCCUUUUCGGUUACAACGAACCUAAGCUCUGUUUACCGAAGCAACUCGCUAGUCCAACAAAUUCCGAUCCUGAACGUCUGCUUCGGAGUCAGCGUGGCAAAGUAUGCAUCCUCGCCAUCGACGGUGGCGGAGCCAUGCGUGGAAUCCUCGCCGGCAAAGCUCUGGCUUAUCUAGAGAACGCGCUCAAGAAGAAAUCUGGCAACGUUGACGCCAGAAUCGCCGAUUAUUUCGACGUCGUAGCUGGCUCCGGCGUCGGAGGCAUAUUCGCCGCGAUGCUCUCCGCCACAGAGGAUCAUCAGCGGCCGAUUUUCCACGCUGACGACACGUGGAAACUGCUGGCGGAGCGAGGGAGGAGGUUCUAUCGUCCGAGCUCUUCCGGCGCCCGUAUGUUUUUCCGGCGGAGUUUCACUUCCGGUUCGACCGGACCUGCCACUGCCGGAUUGGAAAAAACUCUAAAGGAAGCGUUUGUUUCGAACGGUCGAAGCCUGACGCUGAAGGACACGCUUAAACCGGUUCUCAUACCGUGCUACGAUUUGUCCAGUACGGCGGCGUUCUUGUUCUCACGCGCUGACGCGCUUGAGAGCGACAGCUUCGACUUUCGGCUCUGGGAGGUUUGCAUGGCCACAUCAGCUGAACCAGGGCGGUUCGAUCCGGUUAAAAUGAGGUCGUUGGACGGUCGGACCGGGUGCCUUGGGGUGGACGGCAGUUUAGCGACGGUGAACCCUACCGGGGCGGCAAUUACGCACGUGAUCCAUAACAAGCAGGAGUUCCCAAUGGUUAGAGGUGUGGAGGACAUAUUGGUGCUGUCUCUCGGAACGGGUCAGGUUUUGGAGCUGAUGGAGUAUGGCUACGACCAGGUCAAGCGUUGGAAGCCCAAGGACUGGGCUCGGCCCAUAGCUCGAAUCUCCGGUGAUGGCUCCGCUGACCUCGUUGACCAGGCUGUCGGCAUGGCUUUCGCUAAUGCUGGCUGCACCUCCAACUAUGUUCGAAUACAGGCAAAUGGAUCAAGUAUUGGACUAAGUGUACCCAACUUGGAUAUAGAUACAAAUUCCGCCAAUGUAAAAAUAUUAACUGAGAUGGCUGAGGAGAUGUUGAAGCAAAAGAAUGUAGAGUCAGUGCUCCUUGGAGGAAAGAGAAUAUCAGAGCAGAGUAAUUCCGAGAAACUUGACUGGUUUGCCGGAGAACUUGUUCUGGAACAUCAGAGGAGAAGCAGCAGAAUAGCUCCCACUGUUGCACUCAAGCAAAUUAACCCAAAGAAUGCCUAGAGUUCUAAACUGUGUUCAGUACCAAGGUAAAGAAAAAGGGGAAAACAUAGGAAGCAAAAACUAGAAAGCAGGAGUAAGGGUAAAAGUAGAAGAAAAUACAAGUUAGGGAGUUGAGUGCUAAAAGGGUGGAAAAUGUCUGUGAAUACUUUGCUCAUCAAGGUACAUAUAGUUGAGGUGCCCACAUCACAUUUCUAAGUCAGAAGUGUAUAGUAUAUUCAUAUUUUGAAGCAUUUUUAGGAUCAAACAUGAAUACGUUGUUUAUACUUUUUUUUUUCUUUCUCAUUUUCAAAAAUCAGAAUAGAGGUCCAUUCCACUUUAGGGCAUAUUUAGUUGAAGGAAACAAAUGAGGUGAAAAUUAUCAUGCCUUGAAAUUCAUUUAUCAAACAUACUCUUGUAAUAUAUCUUUUGAAUUGUAUUAAAAUUGCUAUUCAGCUUCUUAUAAAGCUGCCAUUAUUUUGGACUUUUGGUACAAUUGUUUUACAAUGGGAUUUAAACAUUUCAUAUCAUAUAUACUAUCCAAAUUAUAUUAUAUGAUACUCAGUAAGUCUUUAAAAGUAGAGAGAGGAAAAACAGUUCUUUAUGCAUCAUGUACCCUUAAUUUGUGUGCUAAUCACCUAAUCUAGUGACUGGCUAAUGAAACACCCUAGUAGCCGAAAUGUAAGGUAGCAAGCUAGGAAUCAAAUCCUUGUCUUGUUGACUAGUAUAUAUAUGCGUUUUCACUUCAUCACUUUCACAUGUUCAAUCAUUUGUUAUUAAUAAUCUACCAUAAAAAAAAUACAAUUUUUCUCCAUGCAAUAAAACCGAUAAGCAAGAUAUAUUGAAGUGCCUCUCAAAAUAUAAACGGAAAAAGGUUAAAGGUACUAUGUUUAUGUGUUGUACUUUCUUCACAACCUUCCAUCUAUCUUAAUUACUUGUGUGAUAAUCUCCUUCAAUUCUUUGUCACUAAUAAUAAGUAACGUGGUUAGGAUGCAUGGCAGUGGCGACACCAGCUCUUGCCACCUCACAUGCAUUCUAUUUGUCAAACAUCUAUGAUUACAUUUUCAUGUAGGACCUAAACUCCUUAGAUCUUAAUGGAUGAAGCUCCCUCUGGUUUGUGCGUGAGGGCGAGGAAACCUCUUCAACUCCCAUGCACAUGUUUCACACGCACAUUAAUUAUGUUGUUCCAAUACAGAUCAAGAAAAUUAAUUUCAGUUAUUCUUGUCUGAAUAUCUUAAUUAACCAAAGUAAAUUAACAAGAAAUUUUUACAUUUUUCCCUAAUUUUGUUUUUCUUGAUUAUUAGUUUUAAAGAUAUUAUUAGUGGGAUGUGAUCCUUUAAUCUUGUCUUGUUUAUUAGGGCUAUGCAAUCUUUUUGGUAGAUAAAUGUCUCACAACCCACUAUAGAUCUUUACUUUGUAUUAUUAUUAAGUAGCUUUAUUAUUUGUUUGUUAUUGCCAACAAAGGCACAAACACCACAUUCCUCAUCCUUUAGAUACAAAUCACUGUUUUGAUCUUCAUCAAUGGAUGUAUAUAUGGCCAAACUUUAUAUAUAUGGAACUAAAUUAUCCUUUCUUAAACAAAAUGCAUGAUUGGAUUAUAUAUAAAUAUCCCUUUGACAUUUAGGCAUCUUUUCUAUCUAUGGCCCCAUGAGUGAGUCAUCUAUCUAUCCCCCUAUUAUCGUUCUUAAUAAGAUUAGGAUGUUCAUAGGCCCCUGACAAUCUAAAAUACUCAACAUGUUGACCUAAUUAAAUCAAACAAAUUAAAAUUAUAACAAAAUAGUGACAUAUAACAACAAUGAUAAUAAGUUCGAAAAAUGAAUUCGUUUAGGUAUAUAUUAAUUACCUAAAUAAUAUUGUAGUUUCGCUUACGGAUAAGCUUUAUAUAUAUAUAAUCCAUUCACCAUCGCUACAAUCCAUUGUCGUCUACUAUCCAUUCUCUUUAUUCUUAAUUAAAAGAUAAUUUAAAUUCAAAAUUAAUUAAUAACAAAUUUAUAUGAUCAGUGUCUGAAAUGUUUGAUAUACAAAUACCGUUAUUGACAAUGUUUUUUAUCUUUUUAAUUAUGGAUAUUUAUUAUUUAAUAAUUCAACGUAAAUAAAGAAUUAAAGAUACAUUCCUACAUGCCAAAUUAAAUUACUUGGUUAUGUUGUUGCCUCAAAUAUUGUAUAAAAAAAAUGGUCCAAUUCCUAACUAGAUUUUUAUUAUAAUCGGUUCUAUUUUAUAUCAUAUGUUGAUCUCAUAUGAUAUGUUUCCAUAUACUCCAUAAAAGUUGCCAUGAAAAGUGAAUUAGGUUAUAUGCCGGAAACAUAAUUUUAAUGCUGAACAUUUUUGCAUGACAAAGAAUGAAUGAACAGGGUAUGAAGGGACUCCAGCAUGCAAAAUAUCAUAGCGUGAAGAAUUUAAUAUAAAAGGAUUAAGAGUAGGAGUGAGUUGAGUUAAGUCUAGUUUACUACUUUGGCUUAUAUAUAUAUUUUUUUUUAGAGGAGUAAUAGGGGCUAGUAAAUUUUGUGAUUGGUAGCCAUCAAUUAAUUAUCAUUGGUGAUUUUAAUGGUGCGAAAUUUCAUCCAAGGGUGUGGGAUUACUCACUUUGUUUUUUUUGUUAAAUACUGGCUAAAAUUUAAUAAAAGUGCUGGCCCUAGACAUUCUCGUAUUUUUAUUCCAUUCACAAUUUGAUUAAUUAAUCACUUAAUCUAAUUAUAAAAUUUAAGUAUGUCGUCUCCCAAAAAUUUUCACAUUUAAGUCAAAAAUCAUAAGUUUAUUUGACUCUUUUUCGCCCUUUUAUACAUAACAUUGAGAUGAAUCUAGAAAGCAUGAUCUGCUU